AACGGGCGCGGGAAGGGGGCGGGGCCGGGCCCGGCACCCAGCGGGGCCGCAGCGGAGCCGCACGGAGCCGCCAUGGCCUCGCAGAACGCGGACCCCGCCGCCGCGCUCGGAGCCGCCGCCAGGAAAGGGGCCGAGGCCGGGCCCCCGGCUGCGCGCGGCUCGGUGGGGAAGAGGCUGCAGCAGGAGCUGAUGACGCUGAUGAUGUCCGGGGACAAAGGCAUCUCCGCCUUCCCCGAGUCCGACAACCUCUUCCGAUGGAUCGGCACCAUCGACGGCGCGGCCGGCACGGUGUACGAGGAGCUUCGCUACAAGCUGUCCUUGGAGUUCCCCAGCGGGUACCCCUACAACGCGCCCACCGUGCGCUUCCUCACGCCCUGCUACCACCCCAACGUGGACCCGCAGGGCAACAUCUGCCUGGACAUCCUGAAGGACAAGUGGUCGGCGCUGUACGACGUGCGCACCAUCCUGCUGUCCAUCCAGAGCCUGCUGGCAGAGCCCAACAUCGAGAGCCCCCUGAACACGCACGCGGCCGAGCUGUGGAAGAACCAAGCGGCCUUCAAGAAGUACCUGCGGGAGACGUACGCGAAGCAGGCCAAGAGCAAGGAAACCUGACCCCUGCUGCGCCGCCCCCUGUCCCCGUCCCCCCCCCGCCGUUCUGUAUCAUAGGCUGUUUUUAAGUUAAUUUUGGAGUCCGAGCUACGGUUAAUGUAUAAAUAAACGCAUGUUUAUAACUCUUC